CGCUACCCCUAUGCAACACUUAGUUAUUUGUCAACUAUGGAGCAGCUAGCUCCGCGCCAGUCCAACAAGUUGCAAGUGCAAGCGAAUUACAACAAAUUAUCGGAUCACAUACGCAGAUUGACCCCGCAGGGGGUGCAGUGCUCGGUGUUUUGUGGGGGGGUGAAUUGCAAAUACGAAAACCCCGAAAACUGGAAAGCGGACAGCAUCGCAAUCCAAGGGAUUUACUCUCAUUGGGUAACAGAUGACAUUUUGGCAAUGGCUAGACCAAGCACGUUAUCAAUUAUUCAAAAAAACGUUAUUCAACAGUUCGAGAGUUUGGGUAUAAAAAGCAUUAUUAAUUUACAAUGCCCGAAGGAACAUGCAAGCUGUGGUCAACCAUUAAACGAGUCAGGCUUUUCGUAUGACCCAAACAUGUUUAUGGAAAAUAAUAACAUCUUUCAAGACAAUGAAAAACUGCAAUCUCCAACUUCCCCGACCAAUGACACCUAUUCGGCUCCGUCAAGUCCAAAUCCUUCAGAAUCGGGAGACAUCAGCGACACAUUCUCCGAAUUCAGCACGUUGGAUGGAGACGACAUGGGGGAAGAGCUCCUACUCCACAACAGCUGCUUCAAAAAGCUGGAAAUCAAACGGAACUUCCUUCAAGAUCAACCGGCUGAAGAUUUCAACACGCAGGAUGCCACAAGCUUGGUGGAUGCGCUCCUGGUGGACUACCACGAGUUGGGCGUGCCUUACAGGAGGGCUAUAAGGCAGUACCAAAAUCAAAUCAAUAACUCGCAGUUAGGCUGGUUGAGGUUAUCGAGGGAGACGAAUUUGAAAAUUUUGGCCGCGCUUUUGUACGAGUGGUUGGAGAAUUUGAAGACGCCCAUUUUGACAUUGCACAGUUUUGAGAAUAUCGUUAUUUUGUAUAAACAAACUGACGCCUGCUUCCGAAAAAUUCCAGUGGAAGACGCCUAUUUAAUAGAGUAUAUGCUUCGGUUUCUAUCGAAAGUUCAACCAAUAAGCAAGGAUGACCAAGAGAAAAUGUUGAAGAGGUUCAUAGCGGCGCUUGCAAAGCAAAGUAUCGUGAUAAAUGAUAAAGCUAUUCCUUCAGAAAAAGGUUUUAAGAAACUCAGCGAUGGUACUUUCCAAUGUACAAUGAUAUUUUUCCAAUCUCUUUUUGAUUUAAUUGAUAAUCACCACAAUCAGAAAUCUGAUUUGCCGAAUAUUGAAGACAAUGAAGAUGAAGACGAGCUUUACGAAGAAGCGUAUGCUGUUAAAACGGAUGAGGUGGUUUAG